AGGAACGCUCCCCAAAUGCGGAGGACGCUGGGUGCCCCCGAGUGCUCCAUACCGUGCCUGGAUGCGGUCCUUGACUCUCUGCCCCAGGCAUGCCUGCCAACAGAGGAAGAGGUGCACAGCGAUUUAUUUGGGGGGGCCACUGAUUCCUCGCCAGCCAAGGCCCAGGAUAGCUGCCAGGAGCACUCAGCUGCCGGCCUGCUGCAGUGGGGAUUGGGAUUUUGCGUUCCGCCUGUCCUUCCUUCCGACCUUGAGGAAGAAUCAACACGGCCUCCAGGCUAUUCUUGGUCACAUCCAGCCCUCCAGGCUGGGGAGGUGCCCGGGGGUCUCGGCCCAGGCUUCCAGCCAAGCGCGCAGCAAGCAAAUGUGGGACCAGGCGAUGGGGAAGAUGCUGGUCCCGGGGAGCCGUCCCCCGGCGCACGGCCCUGCCGAGGACCCUCGGGGACAGAGGAAGAACCGCCCAGAAUAGCCCUGAUGAAUGGAGAUGGUUUGCACGAGAACCACAAAGAUGAGACAAGGCAGGAUGACCAGAAAGAAACUGACCACACAGAAGAUGCAAACGACCAGGAGGUUAUUGUUAUUCAGGACACUGGCUUCACAGUCAGAAUUCACGCACCGGCCGUGGAACCUUUUUCUCUGCAGGUUUCCCCCCAAGAGAUGGUCCAGGAGAUCCACCAGGUUUUGAUGGACCGUGAAGACACCUGCCACCGCACCUGCUUCUCCCUGCAAUUUGAGGGCAACGUGCUGGAUAACUUUGCAGAGUUGAAGACCAUCGAAGGCUUGCAAGAAGAUUCCGUGUUAAAAGUCAUCGAAGAACCAUACACAGUCCGGGAAGCCAGGAUACAUGUCCGUCACAUCCGAGAUCUUUUGAAGAGUCUUGACCCCUCAGAUGCUUUCAAUGGCGUUGACUGCAACUCGCUGUCAUUUCUCACUGUCUUUACGGAAGGAGACCUUGGAGACAGUGGCAAGCGGAAAAAGAAAGGUACAGAAAUGGAGCAAAUCGACUGCACCCCUCCUGAACAUAUCUUGCCCGGAAGCAAAGAAAGGCCCCUUUGCCCCCUUCAGCCUCAGAACAGAGAUUGGAAGCCUCUGCAGUGCCUGAAAGUGCUGACCAUGAGCGGCUGGAACCCCCCGCCCGGCAACCGCAAGAUGCACGGCGACCUCAUGUACCUGUACGUCAUCACGAUGGAGGACCGGCACGUGAGCAUCACUGCGUCCACCCGAGGCUUUUACCUGAAUCAGUCCACUGCGUACAACUUCAACCCCAAGCCUGCCAGCCCCAGCUUCCUCAGUCAUUCCUUGGUGGAGCUCCUCAACCAAAUCAGCCCUUCCUUCAAAAGAAACUUUGCCUCGCUGCAGAAGAAACGUGUCCAGAGGCACCCGCUAGAGCGAAUAUACACCCCCUUCCAAGUGUACACGUGGACAGCACCGCUAGCCGAACAUGCCAUGGACUGCGUGAGAGCCGAAGACGCGUAUACCUCAAGGCUGGGCUAUGAAGAGCACAUCCCGGGACAGACGAGGGAUUGGAAUGAAGAAUUGCAAACUACCAGAGAACUGCCACGCAAAAACCUGCCGGAGAGACUGCUAAGGGAACGAGCUAUCUUUAAGGUUCACAGUGACUUCACUGCCGCCGCCACCAGAGGCGCGAUGGCGGUCAUAGACGGCAACGUGAUGGCCAUCAACCCCAGUGAGGAGACCAAGAUGCAGAUGUUCAUCUGGAACAACAUCUUCUUCAGCUUAGGCUUCGACGUCCGGGACCACUACAAGGACUUCGGUGGGGACGUGGCCGCCUACGUGGCCCCGACCAAUGACCUCAAUGGGGUCAGGACCUACAACGCAGUGGACGUGGAAGGCCUGUACACUCUGGGCACCGUGGUGGUGGACUACCGAGGGUACCGGGUGACGGCCCAGUCCAUCAUUCCGGGCAUCCUGGAGCGCGAGCAGGAGCAGAGCGUAAUCUACGGCUCGAUAGACUUUGGCAAGACGGUGGUCUCCCACGCCAAGUACUUGGAGCUGCUGGAGAAAACCAGCCGGCCCCUGAAGAUCCAGAAGCACACGGUCCUGAACGACAAGAACGAGGAAGUGGAGCUGUGCUCGUCGGUGGAGUGCAAGGGCAUCAUCGGCAACGACGGGCGGCAUUACAUCCUCGACUUGCUCCGCACCUUCCCCCCCGACCUGAACUUCCUGCCUGUGGACGGGGAGGAGAUGCCGGAGGAAUGCCGGAAGAUGGGCUUCCCCAAGCAGCACCGGCACCAGCUGUGCUGCCUUCGGCAGGAGCUUGUGGAUGCCUUCGUGGAGCACAGGUAUCUCAUGUUCAUGAAGUUGGCGGCCCUGCAGUUAAUGCAGCAGAAGGCCAACCAGUCAGAAGGUGACACCCCUCUGGAAAAUGGAGGCAGCCCCACCCCCUCCUUUCCCGAGAACGGGGUAGAAGAUGGCGAGAAGUCUCCUCUGGAAGACGGCAAAAUGGAUGAGAAUGUGGCCGGGCUGGACCAGGUAAAGGAGCUGACGGAGACCAUCGCAUCGGACAACGGAGCAGUGGACCCCAGAAGCAAAGAGAUCAUCCAGAACGCUUGCAAAGCCGUUGGUUCCAUCAGCAGCACGUCCUUUGAUAUCCGGUUCAACCCAGACAUCUUCUCGCCCGGUAAGAAGGUGCUCCAGGGGUCCUUUAGGCAUAUUUUCCCUUCCAAAUAGGAUUCUGUUGUAAGCAUUCACGUACUGCUAGAGUUCCUCUUCUUCCAGUUAUUAAAUCCAAGGAGGGACUCUGUCUCCACCCAAGAGCUCCUGCUCCAUGUGCAGAAUGCCGAAGAUUCAGUUCCAACCUCUCCAGCCUGAAAAGAGUAAAAAAUGGAUGCGUAGAAUGAUGGAAAAGAGGUUUUUAUGGCUGUGGCUUGACAGCCCGGAAACCUCUCCUAGCCCCAAAGAAACAGGAGUGGGCCUUACGCAAGGCAAAUGCCCAGUGGCUCUUCUUCCCUAAAUAAU